AUGAGCGGCUCCUCCAUGGCGAAGAGCGAGUCCCGCACUUCGCUGCUGAAGGCGGCGGGCGGCAGGAGGGCGGCGGGCGCCCGGGAGCGGGAGCGGGGCGGGCCGGCGGGCCGGGGGCCGCUCCCCGGGGAGCCCAGCGCCCGCAGGCCGCUGUGCCGCCCGGGCGCCCCGGAGGACGCGGGGCGGCUGUCACAUGGCCGGGGGCAGAGCCCGCCGGAGCCGGCGGAAGGAGGGCCGAGGCGAGGCGGCGGCAGGGAGCCGGCGCGGGCGCCCCGGCACCGCCACCGCCUCCCGCCGCCCGCCGGCCCCGGCCGCCCCCCGGAGCCGCCGCCGCUGCCCGGCGGCGGUGGGGAGGAGGCGGGGGAGGACUUUUCCUCCAGCGCCGGGCAGCGGUCCAGCAGGGAGUCCCUGAAGCUCCCGGAGGGCGCCUCGCCUCUGCCCAAGCCCGGCACCAAGUGCUCCGCCAAGUCGGGCAGCAGCGACCGCUCGCCGGACGCGGACCCGCUGCUCCACCAGCUGCGCCCCAUGCUCAGCUCCGUCUUCGGGCAGGAUAGAGAACUGCGUCCUGAAGAAAUUGAAGAAUUAAGAGAAGCCUUUAAGGAAUUUGAUAAAGACAAGGAUGGGUUUAUUAACUGCAGGGACCUGGGGAACUGCAUGCGAACCAUGGGCUACAUGCCUACGGAGAUGGAGCUCAUAGAGCUCUCCCAGCAGAUCAACAUGAACCUGGGUGGCCACGUGGAUUUUGAAGAUUUUGUUGAGCUGAUGGGACCAAAGCUUCUGGCAGAAACCGCAGAUAUGAUUGGUGUAAAAGAGCUCCGUGAUGCCUUUAGAGAGUUUGACACCAAUGGUGAUGGGGAGAUCAGCACCAGCGAGCUGCGAGAGGCCAUGAAGAAGCUUCUAGGGCAGCAGGUGGGCCAUCGGGAUAUCGAAGAGAUCAUCCGGGAUGUGGAUCUGAACGGAGAUGGGCGCGUUGAUUUUGAAGAGUUUGUUCGCAUGAUGUCCCGUUGAAGAUUAUUCUCAGCUAAAGAAGAAUCAGCACCUUAGAGAGGGCAGAAGAGGACCUAGAUGGAGCAUCUAGCCCCGAUGUUCCCAUGUGAAGGUUUAUCGGCUGGCUGCGUUUGGAACAUUGCGAGAUGACCUGCUGCUCCUCCCUCAUGGUGGUCCCCAUGCCCCUCCGCCCUUUCACACUGUGAAAGACUUGCAACUUCCUAGAACUGGAACCAUUCCUCGGAGAACAUGAUUGCAGGAAACUGCAGAGCCAGGACUUGCCAUGAUGCUUUCAUGGGAUACUUGCAACUUUAGACUCCUCCUCCCCAGCUUUUAUGCUCCCACCAGCUGCUGCAAAGCAAGAGCAGAAGAGCUCUUCUUGGCUUGGUGGAUGAGAGCAAAGCCAUCGGGACUGGUGGCAGCCUCAGGGCGUGCUCUGCACUUCUUGGUUUCCCUUGGUGAACCGUGUCCGUGUUUGCUGUCUGUGUGUGUGUCUAUCUGUGUGGAAUUAUUUAUGCUUCCCCGGCACAUAUUCACAUCUCCUGUGGUUAUGUUUACCAAGAGUUAAUUCAAAUACAUGUCUUCUGGGGAGAAA